UCAGUCAAAACAAAAUGGCAUCAAGAACUCCAUGCAAUAAGACCACAACAAGGACUCCGGCUUUUUUUUAGUGAUUUUAGUUAGUCUAUGGUUGAUGGAGCUCAGGGUUGUGUGGUGACGGUGCCGACGUCGAAUUUAAGUGGUUCUAUUUGAAAUCAAUUUUUACAUAUCCAUCACAAUGCACAAAGCUUCUGUGGAAGAAACUUUAAAACUCAAACGAUUACAUGUGGAUCAAUGGUCCAUUCGUGAGCAACUUGCGCUGGCCUCGUCUGUCCUCAGGAGUGGUGACCAAAAUUGGGCCUCUGUAAGCAGGGCAAUAAAACCAUUUGGAGAAAAAGACAGGCCGAAUGAUUGGUUCUCUCAGAAAAAUUGUGCCCUGCAAUAUGAGAAGUUGUUGGAAAAUGUAGAGACACCAAAGAGACGUCGAGGGGACAAGGGCGAGGAAUCAAAGCCCUUUACCCCUGGGGAGCUCAUUGUAGAGAAACUAAGAUCACAAAGAUUAGAGGAACUGCAAGCAACGAUGGACACUAUGAAGCAGCAGUAUGCAAAAACAAAACAGGACUUGAUGAAGUUAAGUGUAAACUGCAGUGAGGAGCAGUUGGACCAGAUGAUAGCUGAAAUUGAUGAGGAAGGGAGGCAAGAAGAGGAAAAGAAGAAGCAGCACAAAAUUUGGUUGAAAGAGCGAGAGGAAAAAAUCAAUGAAAUACAACGAGCAUGGAGACCAAUGUCUUUCAUAAGAAAGAAGCCUUUGGAGACUAGCAUUAGCAGUGAUGCUGAAUUGUCUCAGGACAGUGUUCUUAGCGAAGGCAUUUCCAUUGAGCAGCAAGCAGAAAACGCCUCUUUGGCAGACCAGAAACCAACAAUAUCAACUCCCACAUCUCCCCUGCUCACCCAUCUCCUCAAAAGUCCUGCUUCUGUUUCUCAGUCUUCUAUUUUGCACUCUGCUAUUAUGGCCCAAAGACCUCCAACUAUUGGAAGCUUGCUGGCCUCUUCGACCCCUGCCAGGAGAGAGGUGCCUCCCUUCAUGCCAGGACUCUCAACAUUUGUAUCCGGUGUCCUUGCACCUGGAGAACACUCAGCAAGCACAAAUUCACCUUCAUCAGGUGCUCCAACAUUGUCCAUGCUACUGGAACUUCCACCAAGUGUUCCUGGCACGCCUCUGCCUGAAAUUGCAGCCUCUGGAGAUUCAAUUGGUCAAUCCAGUGUGGACGAGCUGAAGCCUAUGGCUGAAACUGAAAGCAGAACUCCUAUUCCAGUCCUUCAAUCCACUGCGGAGAGCAGCAAAGAAUUUGAAGAGCAGUUGCAGAAGUUUGAUCGGAAUGCUGUGGGCAACAGCCAAACAAAUGUACUGGAGGAGUUGCCUCAAGAUGUUGUCGAGUUGAUAGAGGAGGUUGAGGAGGCGGCCGAAGCUAAGAAGCAGCAAAGCGAGUUGGGUCAGUUCUUCAAAGGCCAAAUCGCUACUCAGACAAGUCUCGAAGUUCUGCCGAGUGUAGCAGUGCAGGAGGAUAAAAUUGCUCCCAAGGACGUGGAGCCAGAAAGCAAAAAGGAGGAGGAAGUACCUCAACAAAUGAUCAAGCAAGAAGAACUGGAGUUAGAGCCUCAAGAUAACACUCCAAGUGAGCCUGCAAGUGAAGGGCCAAGCACAGAAACAGAAUUGGCAGUUCCUGUUGCAUUUGAGACAGAAACUGUUGCUGUAAUUGAGCCAGAGGUUCCAAUUGUUGUGACAAAGGAAGACCAGCAGGAAAAACAUGUUGAAGUAAAAGAGGAGAUUUCUAUGCCACCUGAAAAAACUACAAGGAAAUCCGUAUCUAAGGAAUUAGAGCGAGAGAAAGAGUCGGAAAUAGAUGAGUCGUCUGAUGAUGACUACAAACCUCGUCCUGUCAAUAUUCUCACAUAUCCUGCCAGGACAAAGAGAAAUCUUUUCAGGAAACAGCCAGUGUCCCAGUCUGCCCAAAGUGUGACUGACGAAUCUAUGCCAAACAGUCCAGUAUCUGUCAGUGACGAUGAAAAACUGAAGACAUUUAAAAAAGCCAUGUUAUUGAUAUGGGACCGUAUUGCUGCCCAUAAAAAUGCAUCCAUCUUCCUCAAGCCCAUUACAAAUGAGAAUGUGGCAGGAUACAGAAACGUCGUUUUAAGGCCUAUGGACUUGUCAACUAUUAAGAAAAACAUUGAGACUGGCAACAUUACAUCUGCUGAUGGGCUUCAAAGGGAUGUCGGACUUGUCUUCCUUAACGCAAUUAUGUACAAUCCAAGCAACCACGACAUCUCUAAAAUGGCAUUUGAAAUGCAAAAAGAUUGCCAGGAAGAGUUUCAAGUAUAUGCUGCUGCCCAUGAGAGCAAAUCUUACAAGCGAGAAACUAGGGAGGGCAGCAAGAGACAUGAUGCUUCUUUGGAAGACGCUGUUCCUCCUGCCAAAAAGAUAUUUGUCACCAUCCACAGCGACUCGUCUGGUGAAGAUAAUUAAAUCUGUAUUAGUUUGGUAAAAAUUAAAUAAAAUCUCACCAUUUGUAAAAACAUUCUUU